GAAUAAAAGUUAAUACAAUUUUAGAUUAAGAUUCAGAUACGAAGUGAAGAAAGUUUUAAAUUCGAUUUAAAAAAGGUUUUCCAAAUGGAUUUUUUCAACACUUGCAUUAGGUGCAAAUUCACUCUUGGCCGAUUAUUGAUGAUUCUGAUUUCGCUAUCGUUUGGCGAAGGUUUUUAUGUGCCGGGUGUUGCGCCCGUCGAAUUUUCUAUGGGUCAAAAAAUCGAUGUUAAAGCUGUAAAAAUGACAAGUAGUCGGACCCAGUUGCCUUACCAGUAUUAUUCACUUCAAUUCUGCUUGCCCAAAAAUGGUACUUUAAUAUAUAAAUCAGAAAAUUUGGGUGAAGUUCUCCGAGGCGAUCGUAUAGUAAAUACACCCUAUGAUGUUCGUAUGGCUGAAAACAUUAAUUGUAAGUUACUAUGUCACAAAAAGGAUCAGCCUAUGAAUUGGGACAAAGAUCAAUCAGCUAUAGUUGCAGAGAGGAUACGUCAUGAGUAUUUUGUUCAUUUGCUGGUUGAUAACUUGCCCGUAGCUACUAGAAUCUCAAAUGUUAAUAAUCCCAAUGAAAUAACUUACGAGCAUGGGUACCGUUUAGGACAAAUUGAGGGUGAAAAUAUAUAUAUUAACAAUCACUUAAAAUUUAUUAUAUCAUACCAUAUGCACACAAAAAACAAAUAUCGCGUAGUUGGUUUUGAGGUUGAGACCGCUUCAGUCAAUUAUAAAGAUAUAAAAUUCGAGGGCGAUUCUUGUAAUUUUCCGGAUAAUGCAAGACCGCAAACGGUAAAUCCAAUUUCGAAUACAAAAUUAUAUUUUACUUAUUCUGUAGAGUGGAAAGAAUCCAAAGUUAGCUGGGCUUCUAGAUGGGAUAUAUAUCUUGGAAUGAAAGACGUCCAAAUUCAUUGGUUUAGCAUUAUCAACUCGCUCGUGGUUGUAUUUUUUCUUUCAGGUAUAUUAACUAUGAUUAUGAUACGGACUCUUCGUCGAGAUAUCGCACGCUACAACACUGAUGACAACAUAGAGGACACGCUAGAGGAAACGGGAUGGAAGUUGGUCCAUGGUGACGUCUUUCGUCCUCCGAGAAAUACGCGUCUGUUUUCUGCAGUUAUCGGCAGCGGAAUACAGAUAUUUUUCAUGGCAUUAAUAACAAUAUUUUUCGCUAUGCUUGGAAUGUUGUCACCGUCUUCCCGAGGAGCUUUAAUGACUUCAGGCAUUUUUAUGUACGUUUUCAUGGGAACGAUUGCUGGAUACUUUUCUGCACGUCUUUAUAAAACUAUGAAAGGACGAGAAUGGAAACGUUCGGCAUUUCUAACUGCUACUUUAUAUCCUGGAAUUGUUUUUGGAACCGGGUUUAUAAUAAAUUUCUUUAUAUGGGACAAACAUUCAAGUGGCGCAGUCCCAUUCACCACAAUGAUUUCGUUACUGCUUUUGUGGUUUGGAAUAUCAGUUCCCUUGGUCUAUUUAGGAUACUACUUUGGCUAUCGAAAGCAGCCAUACCAACAUCCUGUCCGAACCAAUAUGAUACCAAGACAAGUUCCCACACAGCACUGGUACAUGAAUGUUGUGCUUAGUACGUUAAUGGCGGGAAUUUUACCUUUCGGAGCGGUUUUCAUUGAAUUGUUUUUCGUUUUCACUGCUAUUUGGCAAAACCAAUUCUAUUAUUUGUUCGGUUUCCUCUUUCUCGUAUUUUGUAUAUUAGUUGUCAGCUGUGGUCAAAUAUCAAUAGUUAUGACAUAUUUUCAAUUAUGUGGAGAGGAUUACCGCUGGUGGUGGAGAAGCUUUAUCGUUUCUGGUGGUUCGGCUGUGUAUGUGUUAUUCUAUAGCAUUUUCUAUUUUUUUACCAAACUGGAGAUUACUGAAUUCAUUCCUACGCUCCUCUACUUGAGUUAUACAGGAAUUAUGGUACUAACCUUUUGGCUACUGACCGGAACAAUUGGCUUUUUUUCCGCUUAUAGCUUUAUCCGAAAAAUAUACGGUGCGGUUAAAAUAGAUUGAUUUUAAAUAUAUCACAAA